UUUUUGACAGGAACGGACAGGCGAUAAAAUGUUAUUUGUUAAUAUUUUUUUGUAAAUACCUAUUAAUGAGUGAGCGUAUAAUGUGAUCACGAUGGGCGGUUGCAUUGGAAUAACUAGAAGCAGGAGUGGGCCCAUAGAGGAAUCGUCGGGAACCGUGUCGCGGCCUAAUUCGGGCGGAUUGCGGAAGAACCAGUCACUGUGUCACGAGACGAUAAGGUGGAAAUCUGAUGUGCCCUUAACGGAAGGUCAAUUAAGGAGUAAGAGAGACGACUUUUGGGAUACUGCUCCUGCGUUCGAGGGUCGUAAAGAGAUCUGGGACGCACUGCGGGCGGCAGCAGUUGCCGCCGAAGCCAUGGACUUUCAACUCGCGCAAGCUAUACUUGAUGGUGCUAGUGUUUCUGUGCCAAAUGGGUACCUGACAGAGUGCUAUGAUGAAUGGGGGACCAGAUAUCAGGUCCCGAUAUACUGCCUGUCGGCCCCGAUUAACAUGAUGAAGGAGGCGAGCGGGCGCGACUCGCCGGCGGAGUGCUCGGAGCCCGUGGAGGGCGGCGUGGCGCUCGCGUUAAGACUGAGGCUGUCCACCGGCGGACCCGACCUCGACCUGCCCGUCAGCUCGAGACACACCAUUGCGCACUGCAAGGCCAAGCUGCACGCACAGGAGAACAUCGAGCCGUGGCGGCAGCGCUGGUUCUACGGCGGGAAGCUGCUCGGCGACCGCCUGCUGGUGGAGGAGGCGCGCGUGACGCCCGGGUACGUCGUGCAGGUCAUCGUGGCGCCCGAAGACCACGCGCCGCACAGCUAGUCGCGCAGAAAUAUCAAUCCAGGAAGUAACUGAGUGACCGACACAGCCGAUACUGGCUCGGAUAUUCUAAACGUACCCUAACCAUAGUCACUAUGUGAAGGAUCUUUAACGGAAUUUGUAAAAAUUAUAAUUUAUCGUUUACGAAAAUUUAAAUCGCUGGAUUUAUUCGCUUUUUUGAUACAUUUAACAUUUAGUCAUAAAACAAUUAUAUUCAGGCAAUUAUAGUAAUAAUGUGUCACAAUUUUAACUUUAAAAUAUUUUUAGUGCUUCGUAAGACAAAUUACUAAUGAAACAGUAAAGCUGCAAUUGAUUAAAAUAUUAUUCAUUUAUAAUUUUAUACAUAUAUAUAAUUUGAUCAUGUCCGUCCGUAUGCCACUGCCUCGUUUCAGUAUAGAUAGCUAUACAAAAUGUUUUUUUUUUCUGAAAUUGUAUAUACACAAAAAUAGUGGAUAUUUAAAUAUCUACGUAACGUAUCUCGUUUUUAUAUUUUCAUUACAUAUUUUUUUUAAUACUUAAAAUAACAAGAAUUAUAUAAUAUACGUAUUUUAUUUUAAAAUUAUUUAUCAUAUUUAGAAUCUAUGAAAUCGGAAUACGCAUUAUAAAUGUUACCAGUAUAAUUAAAAAAAGGUUUAUUAUUAAAUAAAAUAUAGUAAAGAGGCCUAACGAAAGUAUUUCUAGCGAUUUAAAUUUUUCGUUUUAAGGUACACGUGCGGUAGAAAUUUACGAUGGAAUUAAAAAUAAUGUGAAAAAAAAAUCUAAAACGUUAACACAAAUGUAUGAAACAAGAAUUCGGGUACUAAAGUAAAAAAAAGGACCUAAAUCGUAUUUGUAGUGUUUGUAGAGCUAUUACUGUCGCCGAACUGUAAAUAUAGUAACGCUAAAAAUAAGGGUAUUUGAUAAAACUAUGUACGCUUUCGUAUCAUGCGCAUGCAUGCAUGAAGCUAAGACAAGACAUAUAAUUAAUGUAUUUUCUACUUAACCCAAAGCCUGUUUGCAAAUGAAAUCGACUUAUUUCAAUUGAUUAUAAAUAUUUAUAAGAAAUGCUUUACUAAUUGAAUCGAAACGAGUUCGAUAUUUUGUGUUUAAAAUUGAUAUCUAAUUAUUUCUAAAUUACUAAACGAGUAAUCUAAUAUCUGAAAAGAUGUGAUUAUUACUAUCAAAACUAUUUAAUAUAUAAAAAAAUGUUAUUUACAAAUGCAUAUAUUGAUGAAUUUAAAAAUAUGCAAAGGGCGCACGUUGUUACAUCAAAAUAUUAUUUGUAUAAUUGCAUGUUUUAUGUGCCACCAUAAUGAUUGUGGUGAAAUGAAUACUCUUCAAUAAUAAAUAAUUUAUUUUAAAUGAAUUUAUAAUAAAUUAUAUCAGAUGAAACAAUAUUUAUGACAUAUAUUUGCCUCAGUUCAUUUUUUAAACGCGACUUAGUCAAGGAAUGUUAUGAAUUUCAUUAACAUUAUAGGAAAAAAAUUUAAACAAUCCCAAAAAUUAAAAAAAAAAAGUUGUGAUGUUUUAUCUUGAUUCGUAUUGAAAUUGAAAUGACGUCAUAAGACAUUUCAUAUGUUGAUUUAUAAUUAUUUGCAAAACUAGGAAGUCUAUUUUUCCUUGGUUCUAUUGUAUAUUUGGAUCGAUUUUCAAAUUAAAUCCAUCCGCCAUUAUAAUCUCGCUUGCACGUUCGCAUCCACGAAUAAAAAAGUUCAACAAUCACGCGUCAAAUAUACAGCGACCUUAUAGGUUGAUUUUAUCGUCCAGUAGUCGCGAUUUUUUUAUGUUAUAGGCAGGUGAACGAGCAACUUGUCCUGGUGGUAAGUGGUCACCACCGCUCAUAGACAUUGGUGAUGUAAGAAAUAAUAACCAUUCCUUACAUCACCACCACAUGCACCACCAACCUUGGAAACUGAGAUGUUAUGUCCCUUGUGCCUGUAGUUACACUGGCUCACUCAUCCUUUAAACGGGAACGCAACAAUACUAAGUUUUGCUGCUUAGCGGCAGAAUAUCUGAUGAGUGAGUGGUACCCACCCUGCAAAAGCCCCACCACCAGGUAAAGCGAUUGACAUUUAUUCGAACAAUAAUAUUAACGAGAUAGCGAUUAUUUACUGAAAUUAUAUUUUUUAUUUUAAGUCUAUAAAUAUAAGGUCUGUAUCCAUUUAGCUUGUUUCGUCGAUAAAUGCCGGUCGUGCCCUGCCCAUCAUAAAUAUAAAUUCUAUAAUAUAACAUAUAAUUGUAGCUAUAUUGAACUUUUAUUAAUAAAACAGAUUAUAAUGCACCCUGUAAAAAUAUGAAUGAGUUAUUUCAUUGUCUUGAUUUUGAACGCUAAUAAUAUUUUUAAUUGCUUAAUUUUCUGAACUUCAUAUGUGUUCAAAGCUGUUAUAACUCACUGCCAUAUUUGUAAUUGAAUGUCUCGUAUUAUGUAUAAAAGUAUCAGAUUGGGAAUUAUACAUUUUAAAUCCCAUAAGGCCAUUUUAUAUUUCCAAAUAUUUUUACUGAAAAAUGGUAUGACGUUACCAUUAAUAAAUAAAUAGAUUCCUUAUUAUGAAUUGACUGAUUGAAGGAGUAUCAGUUACUUGCCAAUCAAUGCGUGUCAAAUUUCAUACAAGGAAGCUGAUACAAUAUAAAAAUCAAAACUCGCGCAACUUUUAGGAUCGUUUGACAUAUAUGUUGCGCAUAAAUUCGACAUUGAAAUUUUACAGCCAUCGCAUCCAAAGAAGUUAUCCCGUGAAAUUAAAAAACAAUAACUUUGUUGUUCCUUGUACAUUAACUAUUAGGUAUAUUUAACAUUUUUAGUUUACACGGCAGCCAUUACAAGGGAUAUAUGUGUGGUUUUUGUUAAAAUAUGAUUCUCAAUUUCUGGAUAUUUUAAAAUUUGCAAACAUAUUUUGGCAAUUGCGAAUAUUUUUUUAAUAAAAAGCUUUUUGAACGAUUCAUAUAUAUUGAUCUAGUAUGACCGAUAUUAUUUCGAGGCGCGUGGGAGCUUUACGAUGUAUUUAAAAUUCUGCCAGUUAUAAUGUUCAAAAAUAGCAUAUCAUCAACGAAAAUAUUAUUUUGACAUUAAAUCUUUUAAAUAUAAGCUGUUCUAUAUUUCAAAGAUAUAUAAUAAAAUUUAUCUCGUGCCUUUUUACUUUUAAUUUAAAUAUGUGAACUCUUUCUAACACUCAGAAAAUUUGACGCACUUAUUAAUUGUUAAUAAUUUCAAUUUACAUUACCUACGUUCGAAUUUGAAAUAUAAAUUAAUUUUUACAUUGAAAAUUGAAAAUAUAACAUUAAAAUAAAAAGAUAAAAACAAUAUAUAAAUAUGAAAAAGGACAUUAUUAUUUUCAAUAUACAUGAUAAAACUAUAGUAAAGUCUAGAUUAUUAAUGUAAGGUUAUUAUUAUAAUUUAAAAUAAUUAGUGCUAACAGGUUAGCUUAGAAAAUAUAUAUCUGUGUUAAUAAUACAAUGAGGCUUAAUUUAAUAAAUAAUCUGUAAUUUAUUUUUAAAAUAACACUUGGUUACCAUAGAUAACAAAUAUAUUAUUCAUUUUAUUAUUAUAUCGAGUAUAGAUAAAUGCAAUAUUGGGGUAAAUUAUUAAAUAUCUGACUUUUCGUAUUGGUUUAUAAUAAUUCCUGAACAUAUCUAUGUAUGUAAUUACAUAUAUUUAUUAAAAUAAUUAUAUUAUGAAAGUUAUUUCGAGAAAAUGCAUUUCCUUUCAAGACUUAGGGAUUACUGUAUGGUGCUAAGAGAUUCAUUCUCUCAUUACCUAUGCUAAUUUUACAAAUAAUUACUAUAUUAUAAAUCUUAUAGUAUAUUUAAUGAAACAACAAUUUAUGAUCUGUAAAAAAUGAUUUUUAUAAUUAUUAUUAUGCAUCUAACUUAAGUUUCAUAGUCAAUAAAUUAUAAAAAAAGAAUUGCAAAAGCAUUUUAUUAUUUUUUGUCACGAAAAAGUAUAUUUGGCAUGAUACAUAUCUAAUGUUAUUUUUAUUAUUUUUUUAAUAUAUGUAGUUUUAAAUUAUCAGUUGUGAGUUUCUGAAGCAUUUAAAUUUUUCGUGAGUGAUAUAUUAGGUUGUACGUACUACAUAUCUAGGUAGGCCCGAAAUUGGAGAUCCAAGGCCCUGAGUGUAGAGGACAUUUGAGGUGGUUAGAAUAAAAUUAUAUUAUUUUGACUGGGUGGGGUCUUGUCCCUUGGCUGGCGGGGUCCUUAGACCGGUGCCUUGUGACCUAGGCAUAAAUCCGGGGCCGUAUCUAGGGGGCUUUUUUCUAACUUGAUUUAAAUUUGCGUACGUCACAUCACACAGUAAAAAAUAUAUUUGAUGCUUAGUUUCAAGGGAAUAUUUUGGUAAUUUAAUAUUAUGAAAAUGUUUCUAUAGUACCUUUAAAGACUCGCUGCCCUAUAAUAUAAAGACUGCCAUAUCUGUAUUAUAGUUUGCCUCGGAGCGGCACUUUUUCCUAAUGUAAUUCGUAUGUUUUAAUAAUGAGAAAUUUUAAUGAUAACAUUUAAAAAACAAACUUUAGUACCAUAUUGUUGUGUUAGUUUUGCUUUUCUUUUAUUUAUUUGUAUUAUUGUGAUCGAUAGCAAACCUUAUUUUAACAUUUUAUUCAAAAUAAAUGCAAUUAUUGAAUUAUUUCAUAUAUAUAUUUUUAAUGUUUUAAAUUCGAACGAUACGAACCUGAAUUCAACUAUGGCGAAAAGGUUCUUAAGUGUGAAAAAUAGAUCGUUAGAGCCGGCGUCCUAUUCCCAAGUUUAACUACAACUCAUCCAGCGAGUCUUUGAUAUUACUAAAUACCGAAGGUUGCAACAGUUCUUGUAAUAAAAAUAAGAAAAAAAGAAUCGGGCGAGACAUAAUCGCGAAGUAAUGUGCCUAAGAAAUAACAAAUCUUAAGCUGGUGACUGUUGACCUGAAAGAAGACUUGAAUCUCGUGGAGUAUCGUGCUAGCCGCGUUAGGCUCGGUUAAAACUACGGAUGCACAUUGGAACAUGUGAAAACUGAUACAGGUCAGUCGCCAGCUUAAAAUUGCGUCUGUAGUGAUAUUUAUUACUUUGAGAGGAAGGGAAAUAUACACCGUUACCGUUAAAUCGUUAGCAAUUAUUUCUGUCACCGAGUUACUGGUGUGAUUUUGUAUACAUAUUGGGUCAGCACGAAAGGUUUGUAUAAUACAAAUGUAAUUUUUAAAACAGACGACAAAAUAUUAAAGCCUGAUAGUUUGUUAUAUAUGUUAUUUACAAAUACAAAACGAUGUUAACCAAAAUGUCUGUAAAAUCAACGUGUAUGGACAGUCUAUUAAAAUAAUUUUCAACUGUAUUGAUUAAAGGAAAUACAGUAUUGAUCCUUAAUGCCCCGUCUCACGUUCCUAUAUAAUAUAAAUUCAACCAAUAAGUAUAUUGGUUUCAAAUAAACAAGAAUAUUAUCAGUUUAAGUUCUCGCGUUGAAUUUUUUUAAUGAUAAUUAAAUUGAAAUUACCAACAGGCAAUACAUUUCUCGAAGGAUUUGUAUUGAAACUUGUUUUAACAUAUUAUUUGUAGUUAUAUUGACACGUGACUAACAAAUACGGGUACAAUCCAAAAUUUGCUAUAUUUCGCUUUAAAAGGGCCUUAAUAUCAAUAAUAUACUUAAUUGAGCUCGAUAUAUAAAUCUCAGUAUUUAUAAGUGUAUAUAACAUUAUAUAUAU